AUGAAGGUCGGCAAAGUAACCCUCCACUACGACAACGGCGGCUACUACAGUGAGGCUAGGGUGAGGUUACCGCUUUCGCGUCGCUACGGCUACGCUCUCCUCAACAUCUACAUCCAUUCCUUCAUCCUGAUUGUGGUCAGCUUCAGCACACUUUUCUUCAGGACGUCCAUGUUUGAAGUGAGGAUGAUGUCAGCUCUCACGGCCCAGCUCGUGAUCGCCACCUUGUUCUCUCAGGUGUCGGCUUCGCUGCCCAAGAGCUCGUACUUCAAAAUGGUCGACAUCUGGCUCCUCUUCUGCAUCGGGAUCACCUUCCUCGUCAUCAUCCUUCACGCGUCAUCAUCGCGCAUCCACGAGGUCAGCUUCUCGACAGUCACCAUGGUGGAGCCUUUCCGACCGACGAAAUCCGCGAGACCGAAGCAGACCAAGAGUGACAGCCGCGAGAGGAGGAUCGUCUCCGCCUCCAGAUGGAUCGUGUUCAUCCUCUUCUCCGUCUUCAACUUGAUUUAUUGGGGUUAUAUCCUGUUCUGA